AUGUGGUUUAAAUCGAACACUCUCGCACUGUACGUGCUGUUCCAGGUGUUUUGUUGUGUCGUUGGUGGAUUUGAUGAUCAAGCCAAAAUACUCGCUACCAACGGGCAUAUUGUUAUCGAGUCGGCACAAGACAGAAAUAUUACCUUCUACAUGAAGGGUAGCGGUCAUCUAAACAUCGGCGGGCUGAGUGUGGAGCAAGUGUUGCGGACAUUAUCGAAAAUGAUGCUCGAAGGUCGAUCAUCCACCGACGGUCAAGCUUUUCUGCCCGGAGGCAGCGUAGCCGAACAGGUUCAACUGCUGGCCACAUACGUCAGCGGCCCGUUCGGGUUGAUUAAGCGCGUGGAAUCUCUCGAACAGGAAUCAUCCACACGCAACACAACGCAGAUGAAUCCGCGCAUCGGUGCCCUGGCACGGCGCGUGAAGAACGUCGAGACAAAGCUGGCCACGCUGAUGACGACGCUGCAAACCAACCGGUGCACCAGCGGACCCUGCCAGAACGGUGGAACCUGUAUCGCGCAGUACGAUUCAUUCGUCUGUCUCUGUCCGAGCAACUGGGAGGGACAAACCUGCACUACCGAUGUGAACGAAUGUGCCCUGUUUGCCGGCACGGAUCUCGGCUGCCAGAAUGGGGCCACGUGCAAGAACGUUCACGGUGGCUACAACUGCAUGUGUACGGAUGGAUGGCGAGGAAUACACUGCAACACGCGCUCACAAGACUGUGCCACGGCCGGUGCCGACCUCUGCGGGCAUGGUACGUGCGUGCAGGCAAAGGACGGCUAUCGGUGCAUCUGUGAUCAGGGCUGGAAGACGAACGGCUUAACGCAGGCCUGCUCGCAGGACGUGGAUGAGUGCAGUGAAUCGAAACCCCACUGUUCCAAGGACCCGGAAGUAAGCUGCAUCAACCUGCCCGGCUCGUUUGUGUGCGGCCCUUGCCCGGCAGGCUACACCGGCAAUGGGUUCUACUGUGUCGACAUUGACGAGUGUGAGACAAACAACGGUGGUUGCAGUACCGCUCCGUCCGUGUCGUGCAUCAACACGAGAGGAUCUUAUCGGUGUGGUAACUGUCCCGCUGGAUAUACUGGAGAUGGUCGGACGUGUCUGGCGCAGGGUAGUCGAUGUACACAAGGACUUUGCCAUCCGAUGGCGCGCUGCGUGGAUUAUGGCAGUGCGGUGCCGAACUGCAUCUGUCUGCCGGGAUACACUGGGUCCGGGUUUGGACCGAACGGAUGUUAUCGCUCAUCGAUGAACCCGUGUGCCAGCGCUCCUUGCAGGAAUGGUGGAACCUGCGUGAAAAUCGAUGCCCAAAACUAUAGCUGCACCUGUCCACCGGAUACAGCUCCACCCAACUGCGUGCGUACGACAUCGCUCUGCGAGAUGAACCCUUGCCUGAAUGGUGGCACAUGCAUUUCUCGGGGCGGGAUCAGUUUUGAAAGGGUUGUGUGCCGCUGUACGCCCGGUUACACGGGUCUUCGCUGUCAAACGCCGGUACGGGCGUGUGGAGGUAUCCGUUACCAGCUGAACGGCACACUGCGCUAUCCCGAGAACAACUUCACCACCUACAAUCAUAACGCGCGCUGUGCCUGGUUGAUCAAAACUAAUGACACGCAGGUGCUGGACAUUACCUUCACGCAGUUUAGUCUCGAAAAUCCGGUCAGUUCGGGCGAGUGCAAGUACGAUUGGUUACAGAUACAUGACGGUCGUACAUCAGCUGCCCAGAUCAUUGGACGGUUCUGUGGCAACCAGCUGCCCCGUGGAGGUAACUUCCAAUCCACGCACAACAUGCUUUAUCUCUGGUUCCGUUCAGACAACUCCACCGCACACGAUGGGUUCGAGCUGCAGUGGAAAAGCGUCGAUCCCGUGUGCGGUGGUACGCUGACGAUCACCAGCCAUGGUAUUAUAACGUCGCCCGGCACACCCGGGAACUAUCCACCGAACCGGGACUGUAAGUGGUACCUGCAGGCACCGCAGGGUCGUCGCAUCCAGUUCACCUUCUUCACGAUGAAGAUCGAGGUGCAUGAAAGCUGUAACUACGACUUUGUGCAGAUCACCGACGGUCCGUCGGACGAGGCGAUGGUGUUGGCCAAGUACUGCAAUACAACGCAUCCACCGCCAUUGAUCACGCCCAGCAACGAAGCGACGGUAUACUUCCACAGUGACGCAAGUGGGAACGAUGCCGGGUUCCAAAUCAGCUACGCCGUCGUCGAAGGUGUGCCGGGUUGUGGUGGAACGUACACGCAGCGUGAGGGCGUGAUCAGCUCACCGCUCUCGCAAACGGACAACGUUUAUCCGAACAAUCUCAACUGUGAGUACCUGAUCAAGCUGCCAGUCGGCAGUCGGGUUAACAUCAAGUUUAGCAAAUUCCAUCUGGAGCAAAGCGAGGCCUGCAAGUUCGACUCCCUGGAGAUCUUUGACGGCAGCAGCACGGAGGAUGCGUCGCUCGGCAAGUUCUGUGGUGACCGAAUUCCGCCGACGUUCACCUCGACCGGGAACUCACUGUUGCUCAAGUUCCACACGGACUGGUCGGCACCGAAUCCCGGCUUCAGUCUGGUGUACAAAAUCAAAUGUGGCGGUACGUUUACCGAUCCGGACACGGAGCUAGUGUCACCGUCGUACCCGCAGAUGUACUUAGCAGACCAGCUGUGCGACUACGUGAUACAGGGACCGCUCGGCAAAGCGAUCAAGUUCGACUUCCAGGACUUCGACAUCGAGAAGAACAGCUUCCCGAAGUGCGAGCUCGAUUAUGUCGAACUGUACGAUGGACUGCUGCCAAACAACGAAACACUGCUCGGGCGGUACUGCAGCACAAAACCGCCACCGACCACCAUCGCAACGAAGAACGUGAUGUUGCUGCGCUUUGUCUCGGACGGUUCCGUGGCGGGACGCGGCUUCAAGGGUAACUUCUCGUUCUACGACGUCAGCUGCGGGGGUGUGUUGAUGCGCGAGGACACCAUCAUUCGAUCGCCGAUGAUUGCGGAAAGUGGCAAGUACCAGCACGAUGCACAGUGCGAAUGGAUCAUCGUAGCACCGCCGGGCCACGCAAUACAGCUGACGUGGAACAGCUUCGAGCUGGAGGUGAGCGGACGGUGCGUGUAUGACUACGUGCAGGUGUUUGACAAUUCGACGCACGGGAACAGCCUCGUCGGGCGAUACUGUGGGUCGGACAAACCGCCCGCAAUCACCAGCACGGGUAACAUACUGACGAUACAGUUUGUGACCGAUUCUUCCUCGUCGAAGGAUGGCUUCAGUUUGGCCUUUACCUUUAUUGACGUGGAGAAAUCUUGCGGUGGAAACUAUUUUGCAGCGAGCGGCAUCAUUCGUUCACCCGGCUGGCCCAAAAACUAUCUCUCCAACAAGGCCUGCGAGUGGGUCAUCACCGUGCCGAUGGGACAACAAAUUAUGCUGCUCGUACACACGUUCAAGAUGGAGAAACACAGAUCGUGCCGUUUCGAUGGGCUCACCAUACGUAAUGGCGGCACCCAAAAUUCACCCAUCAUCGGAAACUACUGCGGGGAUGACAAUUUUAAUGGCACAAUUUCCUUCACCAACCAGCUGCAUCUGCGCUUCUACUCCGACAGCUCCCGCAACUAUGCGGGUUUCAAUAUUGAGUGGGAUUCGGCCACGACCGGAUGCGGCGGUGUCCUAACCUCUCCACGUGGAUCCAUCAUCUCACCAAACUAUCCGCUCCCGUACGGACAGAAUGCGCUCUGCAUGUGGCGCAUCUCGGUGAGCGAAGGGUCGGCCAUCCACAUUAUCUUUACCGACAUGGACCUGGAGAACCACAAGGACUGCCAGUACGACUAUCUGGACAUUUACGAUGGGACCGAUAUAGGCGGCCGCAAGAUGGGUCGUUUCUGCAAUGCUGAGACGGAUCCGAUCGUGCUGGACACCGAAUCGAACCACGCGUUCAUACGCAUGCGCACGGACGACACUAACCAGCGCCGGGGAUUCCAGCUCAAGUACAACAUACUCUGCCGCCGGAACAUUACUGGGUACGGGGGGAUUAUCGAGUCACCGAACUUCCCGAACGAGUACGCCGCAUCGAUGGACUGCCGGUGGACGAUCAAGGUGCCGCUGGGCAACAAGAUCAAUCUAGAGUUUUCACACUUUGACUUCGAGGCGAUCUCACAGCAAAACCUGAACAACGCCACGCAUCAGCGCUGUCCGUUCGAUUACAUCGAGAUACAUCAGCUCGGAUCGGACUUACCGCGGCGGUACUGUGCGGAUAAGCCGCCACCGUUCGUUAGCGCGGGGCGCUCGAUCGAUCUUAUCUUCCACACGGAUGCGAGCGGUGAGCAGAUGGGAUUCCGCGCGGAGUGGUCCAUCAAUGGGUGCGGUGGACUGUUGACCAAACCGUACGGCUCGUUCACCUCACCGAACUAUCCCAACCUGUACCCGAAGGACACGGAAUGCUACUGGACGAUUAAGGUGGAGCCGAGCAAACGGAUCGAUCUGACCGUGGAAGAUUUUCAUAUGGAAGUGAACGAUCAAUGUCGUUACGAUGGUUUGUUCAUUGCCAACGAUGCCAACUUUACGCACCCGGUGGCUGUGCUAUGUCACCAGCAGGAAGAUCCGGUCCAUCUCGUCAGCAACGGCAAUGAACUGUACCUGAGGUUCGUCAGUGAUCACAGCUUCACAAACAAAGGCUUUAGGGCGACCUACAGAACGAUCGAGUCCCAAUGUGGCGGUAAGAUUACGCUGCAUCAAGGAUUCAUCAGUUCCCCCAACUACCCGUCCAACUACCCUGCAAACGUGUCCUGCUCGUGGGUGAUCGAGACGGACGUUACGCACACGCUGCAGUUGAAUAUCCAAUCAUUCGCCAUCGAGCGAUCGCCCAACUGUUCGAGUGACUCGCUGCAGGUAUACGAUGGCAUUACGGCCGAUAACGAUCGCUUGCUGUUAACGGCGUGUGGCAGUGAGCUGAACGUUAGCACCGUAUCAUCCACCGGUCGCGAGAUGCUGGUCAAAUUCCAAUCAAACGGUAUUUACGAGGCAAAAGGAUUCCAGGCAGAAUUUAAGACGAACUGUGGAACGCGUAUUGAAGUCAAACAACCCGGUAACAUACUGCUCAACAAAGCACACAAGAUGUCUUCCGAGAACUGCACCUGGGUGUUGAUAGCACCGGAACCGACAAAGCGCAUCACCUUGACGAUUGCCCAUCUGAGCGUUGAGGACGCGGAUGGUGACUGCUUUGCUAGUGUGACGGUGUACGAUGGCGAUAGCACAGACGGACCGAUACGCUUUGAAGGUUGUGGACAUAAAAUCCCACCGGCCAUCGUAAGCCGUGGCAACGCACUCACGAUAUUGAUCACCUCGGACGACGUGCUACUGAACAAGAUCGAUAAUCUGUACGUGGAGUUCACGUACACCACAUUGGACAAUGCGUGUGGAGGAAGCUUGACGGCUUUGAUGGGCGAGUUUAGCUCUCCGAACUAUCCCGAUUCGUAUCCGCUGAACGUUGAGUGCGUCUGGAAGCUAUUCGCUUCGCCGGGCAACAAGAUGACACUGUUCUUCAAGGAGCUAGACAUUGACCCAACGGACGACUGCAACGGUGACUAUCUGGAGGUGAGGGAGCGUGAUGAAAAUGGUCCACUGUUGGGCGAUUUCUGUGGCAAUCAAAUUCCAACCAAUCUUACCGAAGCGAGCAGCUUUUGGAUCAAGUUCCGUUCGAAUGAGGCGGGCGUAUCGAAAGGAUUCUUGGCGGAGUAUGCUUAUGAUAUACUAAGCGAGAUCACUGGAACGAGCGGGACGGUAACGUCGCCAAUGUACCCGCGAAGCUAUGGUAGGUCGGAGAGUAUAAGUUGGCGCAUUACCGUCGACAUAGGAUCUGUAAUAGCGAUCAAUUUCAAUCGUUUUGCCAUCGAUCGACACACGGACGAACCGGAGAUGUGCGACGGUGCGCUGGCGAUAUUCGAUGGGUACGAUGAGACGGCCGCUCCUUUGCUGAGUGGCUGUGGAUACAUUAAGCCGGACCCGGUGACCUCCACCUCGAACGUCGUUUAUGUCGUGCUCGAUCAUUCCGACAUAAUGGAAUCGUCUCUGUUUUCAUUCAACUGGCAGCAAAAGACGAUCGGCGCCACUGCAACGGUGACGGUUGAUAGCGAGAGCUUCUGCAAUGGUCAUGCGACGAUCGUGCUGAACAGCACCGACACGACGUUCAAUCUCACCUCGCCGGGCUAUCCGACCGGGUACGGUAGCGGGCUGAAUUGCAGCUGGAUCUUCCAGUCGGCAUUGCCCGCGUACCAUCCGUUCUUGAGCUUCAGUUUCAUCGAUUUGGAGGAAACGAGCGAUUGUUUGGCGGAUUAUGUGGAGGUGUUUAGCUCGCCCGAUCUGCUCUCCUGGAAGUCGUUCGGACGUCUAUGUACGUAUGCCAUCCGAGGCACGUACAAGUUUCACGGUACUCCCCAUCUAAAGGUGGAAUUCCGGACGGAUUAUUACCAGAAUCGUACCGGGUUCACUGGCACGGCGUUCCUGCGCUGCGGUGGCUUACUGACCGAUCCGAACGGCGUCAUUACACAGCCGGACUCGUUGCCAACGGUUGAGCCAGGCGUGCCGCACACCCGGCUCGAAUCGUUCGAGUCCUGCAGCUGGAACGUUAGUGUCCGACCGGGACGGACAAUUGAAUGUGCAUUCGAAAUGCUUAAUAUUACCGCGCAGACCGCAUCCACUCCGCUCGGUCCCAGCGGGUUCGUUCUUAUCAUGAACGGUAUCGACGAACAUUCGCCCCUGCUCGGACGGUUCAACGGUGUCGAGCUGCCGGGCACCAUCAAAACCAGCAGUAACCGGGCGUUCGUUCAGUAUCGACCGGGCAGGAGCGGACCAAACCAGUUCCGGCUGGUGUACCGCGAGGUAAGCGUCGAAUGCGGCGGUAACAUCGUGCUGAGCGCACAGCUCAACACGACCGACAUCGCGACACCGAACUAUCCGGAAGUACCGCCACCGCACAGUGAAUGUUUCUGGACGGUGUUGGCACCGGCAGGCGAAUUGCUCUGGGUGGAGUUUAUCGGGCAGGUUAUGCUUCCCCGGUACCCGCACUGCGAAACGGAGUACGUCCAGUUACGCGAAGGACUCACAUCGAAUGCGCCAGAGCUGAUGCAUUCCUGCAAGAGCGAUAUGUCGAAACGCGUUAUGGCCGGCACAAAUGCGCUCGCGGUAAAGUACUUUAACGAUCUCAACGAUCCCAUGGGUGGCGUUAAGCUUCGCGUGUCGCUGGCCAAAUGCGGCGGUAUAGUGCGGGGUCCUCGCGGUACCAUCACGUCCAAGAAUUAUCCCAAACCCGGUGGAUACCCGGUACCGGCGGUGUGUGAGUACUACAUCCAGCAAGGCAUGUACGGCACAGUGAUUCUCACCUUCGAAGACAUCAACCUGCCGGCAAAAGCAAACUGCAGUGGGGGAGAUCAUGUGCGCAUUGUCGCAAUUGUGCCGGGAAGCAACAAAACCGAACUCGAGCUGGGCAAGUUCUGCGGCACACAGGUACCAACGCAACCGAUAGUGAGCGUUUUGCCGUACGUGAAGGUCAUCUUUUCGGCGAGCACCAUGAGUCCGAUUUACAGUGGAUUCAAGCUGAACUACGCCUACAACUACACCCGCUGCAGCCACACGAUCGUGGGCAGUGCGGGUGAAAUUACCAGCCCUGGUUACGGCGAACCACUGCAGAAGUACUCGUUCUGCGAGUGGCGUAUCAUGGUGCCGGAGGGACGGCGUAUUAAAAUGGAAUUUAUGGAUCUGGACAUACAUGAGGACGCUUCCCAACCCUGGUUGCAGCGACUGUCAUUUUACGACGGAUUUAACUACCAAGCGCGGAUCAAGCUGAUUACCUCGGCUGAUAAGACCGGUCCGGUGUAUUCCAGCGAUAAUCGCAUGAUGUUACAGUUCCUUUCGCGAAAGUCCAGCGGCUACCGUGGGUUCCGCAUACGCUACUCCAGCGACGAACCGACGAUAUGCGAUGGGAAUCUCGAUGGAUGGCAGGGCAGUAUCACGACCCCAGCCAAUGCCAGCACGAUCGUAUGCUCAUACAAGCGCACCCAGCCCAGUCUGUCGCGGGACCCAGACAACGAACCGAACGUCGGUACGCUGGCAAUGAAUUUCCGCGAGGUUUUCAACGGUCCUUUAAAUCGCUUGUGUGUGAAUGUUGUGCGGACAGCCACAGUAACGGGGGGACCGAACUCAAUCGCAAAGCUCUGCGCAAAUGCGACCAACGUGAUGGUACUGUCGCCGUUCCACGACACCAUGAUUAACAUCGUACAGUCGCCAUUCUUUUCAAACCUUGGUUUCAAGAUGGACUACCGGGUGCAACAGUGUGGCGGUGUGUUUGGUAGCAUCAGCAACAUCAGUCGCCCAGUGGGACUCGAUCUGCAGGACUUUGACGGGUUGCACUGUGCAUGGUACGUAACCUACCCGGACCAAACGUUGAUCAGCAUCGCGUUCGAACGGUUCCGGUUGCUACAGCCCUGCGAACAGGAGUAUCUCCUCGUAUACAACGGACCCAGUCCUACGAGUCCGCUUAUUGGACGGUACUGUAACGACACGCCACCGCUAGCGGACCCGAUUACCACACAGAAGCAUCUACUGUUUAUCGAAUACCAUUCGGCACGGCGCAAUCUGUCCCUCAAUGGGAGCGACUUUAACCUGCAGCUGAGCAGCAAGAACUUUGGCUGUGGCGGCACACUGCACGCAGGUGCGCCGACAUUCGGCUCACCGCUCAAGAAAGGUAAGUACGAACCGAACCAGGAGUGCGUGUGGUUACUGCAAGCGAAUGCUGGCCAACAUAUCGGGGUGCACUUUAUCAACCGCUUCAAUCUGGAGAAGAGUGCCAACUGCACGAAGGAUUACGUGGAACUGUUCGAUCAGCGGCGCAACCGGGAAUGGGUUAGUUUGGGGCGCGUCUGUGGUAAGGAUAUACCACCAAACUUUAACUCGUCCGGCACUGCGAUGAAGGUUGUCUUCCGUACGGAUGAUACCGGUGAAGCGGAUGGGUUCACCAUCAAGUGGCAGUCGAAUUGUGGUGGAAUAUUCUACGCUGAGCAGGAGACAAACGUCAUCGUCAGUCCGAACUAUCCGGCCAAGUAUAACAACAUGCAGGCGUGCAACUACACCAUCCUGGCGAACUCUUCCGAUGCGGGCGUUGUGAUCAACUUCCUGGACUUCGAACUCGAGGACACGCUCGUAUCGUCCGUGUGCGCGUACGACAAUCUAACCGUGUACCGGAAGCUUCAGUUUGCCGAACCGCUUAGCUGGGAAAAGGUUGGUACGUACUGUCGCAACACGCCCCCAGCACGGUUCCGCGUGACAGACCGUGCCGCGAUCGUGUUCCGAACGGAUCGUUUCAUACAAGCGCGAGGCUUCCGGUUCGAGUACAGCCUGGAUACGUGCGGUUCCAACAUCACCAGCUCGAUGCGCAUCCAAAGUCCCGAGCAGCUUCCUCAGGAGGCUACGUACGGGCCCGCUUUAACCUGCCGCUGGUACCUCACCAUUCCGCAGGGGCAGAAGGUGACGAUACGGUUCGAAACUCUCGAAAUCGAACACACCGAAUCGUGCUAUUUCGACACGGUGGAGGUCUACCGCGGGCUGGAAGCAAACCACGACAACCGGUUGGCUUUGCUGUGCGGCAAUCUAACGAAACACGCGCCAGCCAUCUCAAUCAGCGACUCCCGCCAUGGUCUGAUAACAUUCAAGACGGAAUCGUUCUCGUCGAUCCGGGGCAAAAUGUCCGCCUUGAUACUGUACACACCGGACUGCGACAAACACAUCACACUCGAUGAGCGUUCGCCGAGCUAUCGGCUCAAUGUUAUCGGCAGUGGGAACAACCACGUCCAGGACUGCCAGUACGUUAUUCAAGCACCCAACGGAUACACGCUGCGGGUGGUGUUCGAUCAAUUCCACGUCGGAUCGUCACGCAACGCAUCGGUGGCAAACUGUACGGAUGAUUUUGUGGAGUUGCGCGACGGUGGUAGCGUGUUUUCGCAGCUAAUGGGCCGUUUCUGCGGCAACGAUCGGAUCAACCCACAAACUACCUUCAGCUCGACGCUACACUUCCGGUACGUGACGGAUUCCGCACUGCGGGGCACGCUGUUCGAUGCGACCAUCACGAUGAUUCCGUCGCUGUGUGGACAGAUGCAUCACAAUCUUACGGGCGGCGCGAUUGUUACGCUUAAUACACCCAACUUCGGUGGCAGCAACAUGUAUCCACCGAACAUCAAGUGUUUGUGGCUGUUGGAAGCUUCCGCUGGGAAGACGAUUGAGAUACAGUUCUUACAGAUGGACCUCCAGAAGUACGAUGAAACCAACCGGGAAUGUAAGGACUACAUAGGCAUCCGGGAUGCUUCGCUAAAAGCGGUCAUUUAUGAAGGUCUUGGCAAUUCCCUCAUCUUCAACGGAGGAACCGCUAGCAAGGCUAGCUUCUAUCAUGGCUCUCGGUACGCAAACGCUUACCAUAUCUACUGCGGCACAAACUACGUUCCCAGCACCUACGUAUCUAUCGUCAAUCGGGUGUAUGUCAGCUUCGAAAGUGAUGCUUCGAUCGAGGGCAAGGGUGUAUCGCUGCGGGUGCACGAAAGCAACUUGUGUGCCAAAAACUACACUGCAUUGCAGGGUCGAAUCGUGCAGAACGAAAUGCUCAAAGAUCAACGGUGCACGAUCACGGUUCAAGUACCACGCAACUACACGAUCGCUCUCUACUUCAACUCGUUCUAUCUGUACAACGUGGAUUGUGCCGUCCAUGCGCUUAAAGUGUACAGCGGACCAGAGGAGAGCGCCGAACAGUUGCUGGGAGAGUACUGCAACUUUGCCACGCCAGAUCCUAUCUUCAUGCCCGGCAACUUCCUGCGAAUUGUAUUCCCUGCGACCGAUCGAGACUUUAUAUCGCUGCAGCUAGAUGCCACGUACGUGGCUACCGACCAAGGUCAGGGUUGUGGAGGUGAACUAUACAACUACGGCGGUGUGUUUAGCAGUCCGCUCUAUCCAGCGAACAAUCGGACGCGCAUGAUGUGCCUGUGGACGGUGACCGUGCCCAAUAAUUUGGUCGUGGCGUUACAAUUUACUGUUUUCGAUCUUGGUAGCAAAUCAAGUUGCGCCACCGAUUAUCUGGAGAUACUCGACCGGGACGAACAACCGAAUGCAGAUGAAGCAAGCACAGAGAAGGAUAAGGUCGUACGGCAGCAUUGCGGUGGUGAUAAGCCGGCAAACUAUAUUAGCACCGGCAGUACCGUUCGGGUGCGGUACAGGAAAACGCAAAACUUUGCCGGUGUCGGUUGGAUGAUAAAGUUCAUGGGCGUCGAAAAGGGUGUCGCGGUCAACGAAUAUUAA